GCUAUAAAACAAUAGGUAAGUGUAUUAUCCUAGUCAAAGCACUCGGUCGAAAAAUAAACCAAACAGUACGUUUAAUUAUAGACAAACUUUUGACUUUUAGCCUUAAUUCUACCAACAAUUGAUUCAAGAAAGCAACCUCCGAUGAACAAACUCACCAUAGUCGACUUGCAGAUAAGAUGUUUGUAAGAAUGCUCUGGUUUGCUACUAUUAUACUAGUAAUCUGCACAGCCAUAUCCGAAGCCCAAAACAUUACUCUGUGUACUUCUUUUUGUGGUGAUAUUCAAAACAUCAAGUUUCCUUUUCGAUUGAGAGCUGAUCCUGGGAACUGUGGAGAUUCAAGGUUCCAGCUAGAUUGCCAGAACAAUCGUACUAUCAUAAGUUUGAAUUCAAGAAAGUACAACGUACUGGAAAUCAACUAUGAAAAAUACUUGAUAAGAGCAAUUGACCCUGGUUUGGAGAAUCAGAGCAGGAAUUGUACUUCUUUUCCCAAUUAUUUCACCACAACUGAUCCUAGCUCCUCAACUUUUAGUUAUGCGUAUCCGAUUAUUCCCGUUAUAUAUGUCAAUUGUUUAGCCACUGUAAAUUCUUCGCGCUAUGUGGAGACUACUUUCUGUGGAUCACAGAACAAGACUUCUUCAAAAAGUCUUAGGUAUGUGGCCAUAGGACAGGGCAUGUCGAUUUCGGAUUUGGCAGAGAAUUGCACUGUGGAAAUGGUGGCCUGGGCCUCGGCACGUGGGCUUUUGGGGGACAAUGCUUCUCUAUCGAGCAUUGUGGGUGCCUUGAGUUAUGGAUUUGAGCUUUCUUGGAAGCGUACCUUCUUGUGUAGAGAAUGUGAAGCAAGUCAAGGCUCCUGUUUUGCUGAAGGCGACGGCUUUACUUGCAGCCACCGCUGCUACGAUGACACCGGGAUGGAUCUUCCCCUCCCUUGCAGCAUUCACUACUAUGGCGUUCUUACUAUAUUGUACGGUGGAAUAGUUGUAGUUUCACUUCUGUCCUUCCGAUUUUUCUGUGGAUUUAUUUUCCUGAUUGCAUUAAUAGUGUAUAAAUGGAGAAGACGACAUUUAUCUAUGUAUCAAUCAAUUGAAGACUUCCUGCAAAUCCAGAGCAAUCUCUUGCCAAUUAAGUACUCUUACUCUGAGAUUAAGAAGAUGACUAAUAAAUUCAAGGAGAAACUAGGAGAAGGAGCCUAUGGAACUGUCUUUAAAGGAAAGCUGCGAAGUGGUCCUUUUGUUGCAGUGAAGAUGAUGCACAAAUAUAUGGCUAGUGGGCAAGAAUUUAUCAGUGAAGUUUCCACAAUUGGAAGGAUUCACCAUGUUAAUGUUGUGCAGCUUGUUGGAUUCUGUGUUGAGGGCUCAAAACGUGCUCUGGUAUAUGAGUUCAUGCUCAACGGUUCCUUAGACAAGUACAUUGUUCCGCAAGAAGGAACUGUUUCCUUGACUUACAAGCAAAUGUUCGACAUAUCUCUUGGAGUGGCCCGUGGAAUUGACUACCUACAUCGAGGCUGUGACAUGCAGAUCUUACAUUUUGAUAUUAAGCCUCACAACAUUCUUCUUGAUGAAAAUUUCAAUCCCAAAAUAUCUGACUUUGGGCUUGCAAAAUUGUACCCGACAGAUGAUAGUAUCGUCAGUAUAACUGCAGCAAGAGGCACAGUGGGUUACAUGGCUCCAGAGUUGUUCUAUAAAAAUAUCGGAGGAGUGUCAUACAAAGCCGAUGUAUAUAGUUAUGGCAUGCUUUUGAUGGAAAUGGCCGGCAGAAGGAAGAACAUGAACCCAUUUGCUGACCACUUAAGCCAAAUUUACUUUCCUACAUGGGUUUACGACCAAUUUAAUGCAGGAAAUGAUAUAGAGAUUCAGGAUGCGAGUGAGGAAGAUAGGUGGUUUGUCAAGAAGAUGAUGAUUGUGGCUUUGUGGUGCAUACAAAUGAAGCCUGCUGAUCGCCCUGCCAUGAACAAAGUUGUUGAAAUGCUUGAAGGAGAUGUUGAACUCCUGCAUAUGCCCCCAAGACCUUUUAUAGCUCCACGUGAUAUUAAUGUUGGGGAUGUUAUUGAGACAAUAACAAUAUCAAGUGACGUCUAGAUGUCUAACUCACCAUGUUGUGCAAGCCAUGUUGUAAGCAUUGUUGUAACUUUAUCUAGAACAUGAACCAAUCUUGAUUUCUAAGGACAAGAAAUUAAAUUAAUCAAAUUGAUUUGUCAAA